AUGUCCUUUGCGCUGGAUACUCGUCUUCGGCUGGACUAUCUGCGUAGCCAGGAUGAUGCAGUUGUUCCGCGCAUCAUUACCAAAAGCUGCGUAGCUAGUGGCCGCCAAGCGUCGGACGUGCUGAACCAGCCGUCGCUGCCCGUUGCGGACGUGUCGAGUGAAGUGGAUGCAGAGUGUUUGAACAGCUCUCCAUUACCGCCAUUGCACAUGGACGGCGUGCGUGCCAUCUUCCACCAGUAUUUUCCCCAAGAACCGUGGCCACUGGACGAAAUGCACGAUAGGAUUUCCUCUUCUCCCACCCGGCCAAGCGAGUCCGAGCUGGAAGAGCUUCCGCUUGCGUACCGGACAGACCCUGGGGCAAUGGCUGUGCGUGCCUCCGGUCGCUCUGCCCUGCGCGAUGCGGAUGGUUUGGAGCACGAGCGCGUGGUGCCCGCCGUGGCAUUCUCUACUCAGACACCUGCGCUGCACAACAUGCAUGCUAGCCCACGAAUCGUCGACGAGAUGGAAGUAGUUUCCAAGCGAGAGCAAGGUGCAGACCUCACAAUGGAGCCACUGUACGGCUCGCUUUUUGCCCCGGCGGCCGCAAGUAUGUCGAGCGCGGCAAGCGCAUCGCACAUGGGACACGCCGGCUCCUUUGCUUCUGGCUUGGAUGCCUUUUCCAGCUCCGUCUCUGGCGAGCCGCUGGAACCAGAGCCGCGGGCGAAGGGCACACCUGACUGGCGGUCGUUUUACAUUCCUGGCUCUUACACUGUCGCCCCGAGCCCCAACGCGUCUCCAUCCGCCCAGCCAGCCCAAGGCGCAUUGCGCACUACAGGCAUGCUCGCAUUUAGCAAAACUUCGAUUGAGCCUGCUCAACGGACGCAUCGCUCGCUCCUCAGCGCGAAGUUGCAGCAUAAUGACGUUGCCGUCGCCCAAACGAGUCAUUCGCUCUCUGCGUACGCGCGCAUCGGCGCGAGCGACAACGACGCAAACGGCGUGCACGUCACGCUAUACUUUCCCGACCAGCAAGGUAGCACACCGUCCGUGCGUGUUUGCGUACAGCAGGAUGCAAGCAUGGAUGAGCUGAUUGGCUACGGGCUAUAUUGCUACGAGGAACGGUUCGGCGAGCCGCCGCGCCAUGGUACAGACCAUAUUGACAUGGCAAAAGCGGAGGCGUGGUCGUUGCGCAUGGUAGAAUGCGGUGUUGUUGACGAGGAUUAUCCUGCCAUCGACCGCUCUUUGACGGUGCGCAAGUUCGGCAAGGAUGCGUUUGCAAUUUGCCCACAGCGCUCUUCGCGUCUUUUGUCCGCUCUCAGCACAAUUCCGCACGCUUCCAGCACCGCGCCCGACUCGGUGCUUUUGCAAAUCAUGGUGGUGCCCACCGCGCGUGGCACAACUAUUGUACGCGUUCCUCGGCAUGCACACGCCGCCGACGUUGUGCGCAUCGUGUGCCACGCAUGUCAUCUCUCGGAGCCGAGCUCGCAUGUCCUAUUUUACCGCGACGUUGGCGACGUUAUCCGCGACGACUGCGCCGUAGCAUCUUUGUUUGGGCGCACCGACUUGGCGCUUGUGGAGCGCGGCUCCCUUUCGCAAGCGCCUGCCGCACCGAAUCCUGGAGCGAAUAGCGAGGUGCAGCAACAGCCCAAGUACCAGAACGCGAUGGAUCUUAUUUCCAACUACAAGGCCUAUUCCGUAAGUCGCCGGCAUCCCAUCUCUGUGGGGCGCCACGAGCGUGUGAUUACCAUCGACGGUGAGUAUAUUCACAUUAUCCGCCCCGCAGAGAAGCAUUUCUUCCACGCGCGCUCCACAUCGUACCACAUUUCUGCCGUCCUGCAGUGCGAUCGAUACCCCCGAUAUCCAAACCAAUUUAAGAUUGUCGUUGCGAGGGACAACCGGCGCGAUACGAAGCGAUACGAUUUCGAGGCGGACGACAAGCAUGCUGCGGGUAUGUACCAACGACACUGA